AUGAAAAAACAUUUAUAUUAAACAAUUUGUAAUCUAAUAAAUAUUUUUCAUUAAAAAAAAAAAAGAAAUCUAAAAAAAAAUAUGCCAGGCAGAAAGAAAUGUUUUGUAGCUACAUUGUUCAAUGAGGCACCUUUAGAAUCUGGAGGUUCUAAAAUUCAACAAGUUAUAUGCAAAUUUUGCAGCUUAAAGCUAUCAUAAAAUGGCACUUGAAUGACUGAGCACAUUGCAAAAUGUAUGAAAUGUGGCGAUCAAAUAAAAAACAAAUAUUUGAACGAUAUGCCUUUUAAACAGAAGAAAGUUCAAACUGAACUAAUGAUGGAAGAAGAUAUUCCUGAAAACUUACCUAUUCAAGAUAUGAAAAAAGAGAAAAAAAAAUGUUUAUCAUCUGCUAUUCCACAAGUUCCAAUUGAGUCUUUCUUUCCAACACCAAGCAGUUUUGGAAACCAAAGUAGGUCUACAACCCCUAAGUUUGGAGACUGUAGGGCAAAUAAAACCAAAUCAGAUAAGCCUCCCUUAAAACAAUUGUAUUCUUCAACAAGAGUUUUAUUCACAACUCAGAAAAAAAAAAUUGCAUCCUACAUUUUCUCGGACAAAAUGACUAAUGAACAAGUAGAUGAAUCGCAAAUGGAUUUAGCACGCGCUGUCUAUGGUACUGGAUGCUCAUUGAGAGUUUUUGAAAAUAAAUUAGAUAGACAGUUUUGCAAAAUUGAGACCUGCAUUUAAAUUACCUAACCGUGAUAUGUUGUCUAAUUCCCUACUUGAAAGGGUAUAUAAUGAAACCUCAACUACCGUUAAGGAACUUGAGGGAAAUGCUUUAAGUGUAGCAAUUUUGUGUGAUGGAUGGAGCAAUAUCAGGCAAGGAAAAUAUAAUUUAAAAUAAUAGGACUAUUUAUCUAGUGAUUUGUGCACUAGUAUAGGAGUAAAACGUUUUAAACGUUAUAUAACAAAAUUAUGUAACAAUGUAAGCUACACAUAUAUAGUGUAGGUGCAUUCUAACUUCAUGUGUAUAAUUCAUAAUUAAUAAAAAUCAAUAAUAAAGAUAG